UACAAAUGUACCUACGAGUACGACCUCAAUAGUGAGUGAUUUUUCAAAUGCAUAAGCGUAGCUAUACAUAGGUAUUUGACGUAAGAAAUUUUAUUGGUUCUUUACCGGUACGAGUAUUUAUUAUCAAAACACAAACGGCGAUAAAAAGUUACAAUAGCCAUUGGGUGUAUGAGAUAUUAUUACGGACGCGUUUACGUGGUAAUAUUUCUUGGCCAAUUGGUGAAAAAAUUCACGAUGGAUCGUUGGUUAGGUAAAUACGCUCUCGUCACUGGAGCAAAUUCCGCUCUCAGUCAAGCCAUUAUUCAAAGGCUACUCGAUGCUGGAAUCAAUGUCGUUGCAGUUGAUAAAUCCGAACCAGUCAAGAAAUUGAGCGGCGCGGGGCAGUUUCAUUUCAAAGCGUAUGAUUUAUCUAAAGAAGAUGACGUGUGGAAUAUUUUCAUCUGGAUCGAGGAAAAUUUCGGAGGUGUUGAUAUUUUAAUAAAUAACGCCGAUUUCGCCUUGAAUCAAACUUUAUUAGAUGGUGAAUCGAAAGGCUGGAGUGAUGUAGUGAAUACCAAUAUUAUGAGCUAUAUAAUAAGUACCAAAGAAUUCCUACGAGGUAACGCUGAUCGUGAUCUAGAAGUUGGUCACAUCGUCAACAUAUCGAAUUUGUACGGGUAUCGAAAUCCGGUAAAUUCAGGUCUCAAUUUCUACGCAGCUACCCAACAUGCAAUAACACAUUAUAACAGACAUUUGCGUAUCGAAUUGGAACUUAGAGAUAGUCCUGUCAAAGUGACGUGCAUUUCUCCUUGUAUCGAUCCUUAUAAAGAUGAUUUGAACCAGAUUGAUUUAAAAGAUACCGCCGAUGCGGUAUUUUAUGCUUUGGAUACACCUUAUCAUUUACAAGUUUAUGAAGUGAUGUUGGAAUCUUUUGAUACCUACGAAUAAAUUGAAUGAGAAUAAUUUUCAAGAAGGAUAAUACGUAUUACCUACCUCAUACCAGCCUGCAUUUGUCUCCAAAUAGGAAUUUUAUGAGAAACAAUAAUUUAUUUGUUUGAUUUGUCUGUAUGUGUCAAUACACUAUGUCCAUCGUUAUCAAUCGUACCUCUACCUUCGUGUUUACUAGUAUUGAUUGUUUUCAAAUAAAGAUGUAAAGUAAUUUUCCUUUUUAAAAAUAAAAGUUGCAAAUCCAA